AUGUGUUUAACAGAGAUAAUAAGGACAUAUACUGAUCGUUCUAAGUUCUGGAACCUGUUGCUCGAGUCGACCUGUUUUCUUGAGGCUCACACGACCUCUGAUGUUGCGUUUGGCCUCAAAAUUGUGACUACGCUAGGAGUCAAGUUUGCGACGCGCAGUGGCGGUCACCAGCAGAACGUCGGUUUUUCCAGUAUCGAAGACGGUGUGGUACUUGAUCUGAACCGUCUCAACUCGAGCAAUCUCAGCAAGGACCACAAAACAGUCCGGCUUGGGACUGGAAACCGAUGGGGUGAGGUCUACAAGGGGUUGGAAAAGUACGGGCUUGCUGCCGUAGGGGGACGCUCUGGCGAUGUUGGCGUUGGUGGUCUAAUUCUGGGGGUUGAAGGAAUUCCAUUCUUCUCUUCCAAAUACGGCUUUGCCUGUGACAAUGUCCAGCAAUUUGAAGUCGUGCUGGCCAACUCAACCGUCGUCAAAGCCACUUCCAACUCCCACCCUGACCUCUUCAGAGCCCUCAAAGGUGGUGGACCCAACUAUGGCAUUGUCACUCACUUCACCCUCUACACCAUCCCCACCAAUAUCUGGUACCACGUCGCCCAAUACAACGAGUCCGACUACAAGCAGGUCCUCUCCGCCAUCGUCGCCACGCAGGCCAGGAUGGAAGACGACAGCAACGCCGGCAUCCUCUUCUCCGGAAGCAACGGCACCAUGAUGGUCGGUCUGCUCUACGCCGAGCCCACUGCCAACCCCCCAGUAUACUCAGCUUUCGACUCCCUCAAGCCCGUCCGGACACUUGCGCCUCCUACCAUCGGCACCAUUCCCAAGCUAGUUGACGUCUUUACCGCGAACUCCCCCACAGCCCGGUACCUCUCUUUUGCCAUCAGCUACGAGACAGACCUCGACUUGUACAAGAGCGCCUACGGCUCGUUUAUCAGCCGUCAGCACUUCACCUCCCCCACCAAGGGCGCCCUGCAGUACGGCAUCCAAACGAUCACCAAGGCCGCCGUCCAAGCGGGCGAGAAGCGCGGCGGCAAUUGGCUAGGCAUGAAACCCGUCAGCACUAACUGGUGGCACGUCGUAGCCGCCUGGUUCGACGAAAAGGACGACAAAGCGGCUCAUGCGGCAUCGACCGGUAUGGUGAAAAACAUGACCGACUUGGCUACGGAUGCGGGCAAGUACCUCGAUUUUCAGUUCCAGAACGAUGCGGAUGUCUCGCAGAGUCCGCUCAAGAGUUACGGAGAGGAGAAUUUCAAGAAGUUCGCUGCUGUCGCUGCUAGCUAUGAUCCGCAGCAGGUGUUCCAGAAGUUGCAGAAUUCGGGGUUCAAGAUAUCGACUGCUUAG